AGGCCCCGCCCCUCCCCGCCGCCAUGUUGCGCCUCCUUCCUCCCCGGCCGGUGGCAGCUGUGCAUCGCGGGCCGGUGUUGCCGGCGGCCGCUUCCACCUCGCGGGCAGAUGCUGAAUGAUGAUUUAAACUGAACAAUUAAGGUAAAGAUUCAGAAGUGGAAAAGAUCUGUUUUCAUAACAAUGGCAGCGAAAUCCUCUCUCCUUAAAGUAAUUCUCCUAGGAGAUGGUGGAGUUGGGAAGAGUUCACUUAUGAACAGAUAUGUCACUAACAAGUUUGAUACACAGCUAUUCCACACAAUAGGAGUGGAAUUCUUAAAUAAAGAUUUGGAGGUGGAUGGACACUUUGUUACAAUGCAGAUUUGGGAUACAGCAGGUCAGGAACGGUUCAGAAGCUUGCGGACUCCCUUCUAUCGAGGUUCUGACUGUUGCCUCCUUACUUUCAGCGUAGAUGACUCUCAAAGCUUUCAAAACUUGGGAAACUGGAAGAAAGAAUUCAUUUACUAUGCAGAUGUCAAAGAACCAGAAAGUUUUCCUUUUGUGAUAUUGGGUAACAAAAUCGACAUAAAUGAAAGGCAAGUGUCAACAGAAGAAGCCCAGGCCUGGUGCAGGAACAACGGCAACCAUCCCUAUUUUGAAACCAGUGCAAAAGAUGCCACUAAUGUUGCAGCAGCCUUUGAGGAAGCUGUUCGAAGAGUUCUUGCUACUGAAGAUAGAUCAGAUCACUUGAUUCACGCAGAUACAAUAAACCUUCACCGGAAGCCCAAGCCCAGUUCAUCUUGCUGUUGACUGUUAAAUGCUUUUUUGCCAAUGUAGUCCUGACUAAAAAAAAUGGGGUUCAGGGAUAGAUCAAAUAAUGAAAAAUGGGUUCUACUUUAAUAUUAUUAAAUAUAUAUACUGCUGCUUUCUUGGGCGAUGUGGGGUAGAGAAAGAGCUUCCAUUCAGUGAAUGACUUAAUGAAUUCAUGGCAUCUUUUCUCCAGGAAAGUGUCUACUAAAAAUGUUCAUUUAACAUAAAAAUGUAAUUUGCAAAAGUAAUAAGUCAAAUGAUGAAUACUUCAAACGAAAUUAUUAAAACUUGAAAGUUCUAAAAGCAGUACUUCAGGAAACUUUUUCUUGAAUUCAAAAGCAAAGAAACAUUUAUACGUCCAUAUAUUUUUAUGAAAUUAGCAUUCCAUUUUUGGUUCACUAAAAUCCAUUUUGUAACAAAAGAAUACUAGAUAUUAAUAACUUCAGUCUCACUGCAUUCCUUUUGAGUGGUACUUCAUCUGUAAUGUGAUUUUUUUUCUUUUAAUUAUAAGUUUAAAAUAUAAAUCGGGUUUUCUGCUAUUAAUUACCUAGUUUCACUAAAAAAUACUGUAGAUUUCAAGGGAGAAAAUAAAUCUCCUGUAUCCUUAAUGCCUGUGUUUUCCCUUCAUCUAGUUUACUGAAGCCUUCUUUAAUUUUCCUAAUAGGAUAUUUCAAAGUAACAUUAGUUUCAUACAACUAAUGACUAGAUCUCGCUGCCUCAUUUGUGCUGGGAAACAGACUUCCUCCCAAUGGUCCGCAAAAGGUCUGCUGAACUGGUAUUGAAAAGCAUUUUGGGGACAAUGGCAACAAUCCCUAUUUUGAAACCAGUGUUUUGGCCAGGCUAAAGCAGUAAAGCAUGUAAUUUACCACUGUCAAAUAGUUUCACCCUAUCCCUAUAAGCAGUUUAAUGGCUUCUCUUAACAGAAGUUUAAUGACAAAUUACAACAUAUAUUGGGUACUUCUGGUGUAUUGUUUAAACCGUUCAAGAAUUCCAAGUCUUUCUUUCCUAUGUUUGAGAUUGGACCACUGAUCUAGAUACUUUUCAGCCUGUGACUGAUGUGAUAAAUAUCUUUACACUAAAGAGGUAUAGAGUCCAUCCAAGAAGCUAAUGACUCCAAAGAGGUUCCUCUGUAGCCUUGGCAUAAAUGGAUAAGUCUUAGUUGCAUCUGUUCUUAAAGUGGUUGGAUUUGGUUCCAGAAGGACAAGGCUGGGGUUUAACUUACUUCACCAUUAAGAUGAAAUGGAGAAGAGAUGAGUAUUUCUUUGUUUCAAUUUAAGGAAUGUUUCCUUAAGUGAAAUGAAGGGUAAAACGAAUUGUCAUUUUAAUUCCAUUUUAAGGCUGUUUGCAAGACAAAUUCUUUGGUUAGUUGCACGUUCUCUGUAGCAAUGCUAUUAAAAUAGCAGAACUUUUGUGUCAUUCAGCUGCAAUUAAAUUAGAAUAUAUGACUGCGUAAAGUUCUUGAAAAGCAAUUGUUCUAAAACAUUUAUGCAGGAAUGGCUCUGUCAUUAUAGACUGCCUGAUUUUUUUGGGGGCGGGGGGGUUUCCAGCUGUUAUUUUGACAUGGUUGCUACUGUAACAUGGGUAUGCUUUUCCCAUUUUGUAAGCUAAGCAGUAAAAUGUAACCAAUGACUUGGCACCUUUGUGUUGAAGCCAAAUGUAGGACAUGCAAAUGUGCACCAGAGUGCAACUACUUCCUGUGGAACUAUUAACUUGUGUUUUUUGAAGCUGAAUAACUGAAAUCUAAAUUGCUCAAUUUUUUUUGUAUCUUAUGGGUGUAAUUGCUUAAGAGUCAAACUUGUACCUGUAAUACUUAACUGUUUCUUGAA